GCUGAGGUGUGCGCUCGCUACUGGAACUCCUGGGAAAGGAAGGAGGGCAAUGGAUGGCUCCAUGCUGCAUCUGCGUUGCUUUUGACUCUGACUCCCCAGCCGGGGAUGGUUUCUUUAGUGGUUGUGUAAUUGCAUUAGAUGAAGGCUGGCUUCCGAAGUCAACUUCCAACGCUGGCGAUCACGGUCCCCAAAACCAUGCUGGUUUAAGUUUGCAUGAGUUAUCGUCUACUGCUGGAUUUUCUUUUUUUAAAAAAGCAAUCGGAGCUGGUAUUCAAAGUGGAACAGAUUAAGUAGAUUUUAAGAAAUCCUGGGAAUCGGAGGGGAGGGGAGUUUUGCUGCAUUUCUGAGGAAACUUCAGUCUGCUUGGAUUUAUGUCGGAGCGAUCUGUGGGCUUGCGCUAUAUAUAUACUAUUUUUGUACAAUUUUCUUGCAUGCUGCAGUUAAGCAUCACACCGCCUCCCUCCUAAAUGGAAUUACAGAACUCAGCUAGCAUGCCAGGACCGUUGUCCCCUGGCUACACGGCUCAAGUGCCAUAUAAUUAUAAUCAAUUAGAAGGAAGAUUCAAACAGUUGCAAGAUGAACGAGAAGCAGUCCAGAAGAAGACCUUCACUAAGUGGGUUAACUCUCACUUGGCACGUGUAUCCUGUAGAAUUACAGACUUGUACGCCGAUCUUCGCGAUGGAAGGAUGCUUAUCAAACUAUUGGAAGUUCUUUCAGGAGAGAGGCUUCCCAAGCCCACGAAAGGAAGGAUGCGCAUCCAUUGCUUGGAGAAUGUUGACAAAGCCCUCCAGUUCCUGAAAGAACAGCGAGUGCAUCUUGAGAAUAUGGGAUCCCAUGAUAUCGUGGACGGGAAUCACAGACUAACACUUGGCCUUAUUUGGACUAUUAUAUUGAGAUUCCAGAUCCAGGAUAUCAGUGUUGAAACAGAAGACAACAAAGAGAAGAAGUCUGCAAAGGACGCACUGCUGUUGUGGUGCCAGAUGAAGACCGCUGGCUAUCCUAACGUCAACAUUCACAACUUCACCACCAGCUGGAGGGACGGCAUGGCUUUCAACGCGCUAAUCCAUAAACACAGGCCUGAUCUAAUUGACUUUGAUAAGCUGAAGAAAUCAAAUGCGCACUACAAUCUACAGAAUGCUUUUAACCUGGCAGAACAGCACCUUGGCCUUACUAAACUAUUGGACCCAGAGGAUAUCAGUGUUGACCAUCCUGAUGAAAAAUCCAUCAUCACCUAUGUGGUGACAUAUUACCACUACUUUUCUAAGAUGAAAGCUUUAGCUGUUGAAGGAAAGCGAAUUGGAAAGGUGCUUGACAAUGCAAUUGAAACUGAGAAGAUGAUAGAGAAGUAUGAAUCACUGGCUUCUGACCUCCUGGAGUGGAUUGAGCAGACCAUUAUCAUCUUGAACAACCGCAAAUUUGCCAACUCGCUGGUUGGUGUACAGCAACAGCUACAGGCAUUCAACACAUACCGCACAGUGGAGAAACCACCCAAAUUCACAGAAAAAGGAAACCUGGAGGUGCUGCUCUUCACCAUCCAAAGCAAAAUGAGAGCUAACAAUCAGAAAGUGUACAUGCCCAGGGAAGGGAAACUCAUCUCAGAUAUCAAUAAGGCCUGGGAAAGACUGGAAAAAGCUGAACAUGAAAGAGAACUGGCACUUCGUAAUGAGCUCAUACGACAGGAGAAACUGGAACAACUUGCCCGCAGAUUUGACCGUAAGGCAGCUAUGAGGGAGACUUGGCUAAGCGAAAACCAGCGUCUGGUUUCUCAGGACAACUUUGGGUUUGACCUGCCAGCUGUGGAGGCUGCCACUAAGAAGCAUGAAGCCAUCGAGACAGACAUUGCAGCCUACGAAGAACGGGUCCAAGCAGUGGUCGCCGUUGCCAAGGAGCUGGAGGCUGAGAAUUAUCAUGACAUCAAACGCAUCACUGCAAGGAAAGAUAAUGUGAUCCGCCUGUGGGAGUACCUCCUGGAGCUGCUAAGAGCGCGCAGGCAACGACUGGAGAUGAACCUUGGUCUGCAGAAGAUAUUCCAGGAGAUGCUGUAUAUCAUGGACUGGAUGGAUGAAAUGAAGGUGUUGCUGCUAUCUCAAGACUAUGGCAAGCAUCUCCUGGGGGUAGAAGACCUAUUGCAGAAGCAUGCACUUGUUGAGGCUGACAUUGCCGUUCAGGCUGAGAGAGUGCGAGGAGUCAAUGCAUCAGCUCAGAAAUUUGCCACUGAUGGAGAAGGUUACAAGCCCUGUGACCCUCAGGUUAUCAGAGACCGUGUGGCCCACAUGGAGUUCUGUUACCAGGAGCUUUGUCAGUUAGCAGCUGAACGCCGAGCUCGCUUGGAAGAGUCCCGGCGCCUUUGGAAGUUCUUCUGGGAAAUGGCAGAAGAGGAAGGUUGGAUAAGAGAAAAAGAACAAAUUUUGUCAUCGGAGGAUUGUGGGAAAGACUUAACCAGUGUCGUCAGGCUCAUUAGCAAGCACAAGGCAUUUGAAGAUGAGAUGAGUGGUCGGAGCAGCCAUUUCCAGCAGGCAAUCAAGGAAGGGGAAGAUAUGAUUGCUGAGGAUCACUUUGGAUCUGAGAAGAUCAGAGAGAGGAUUAUUGAUAUCCAGAAUCAGUGGGCUAACCUGGAGCAGCUCUCUGCCAUCAGGAAGAAGCGACUCGAAGAAGCCUCCCUCCUUCACCAGUUCCAAGCCGAUGCAGAUGAUAUUGACACAUGGAUGUUGGACAUCCUCAAGAUCGUCUCUAGCAGUGAUGUUGGCCAUGAUGAAUAUUCUACCCAGUCCUUGGUUAGGAAACACAAAGAUGUUGCUGAAGAGAUCACAGGCUAUAGGUCAACCAUUGAUUCGUUGCACGAACAAGCCAGAGGUUUGCCGCAGGAACAUGUGGAGUCUGCAGAUGUACAAGGCAGAUUGGCUGGAAUAGAGGAGAGGUAUAAAGAGGUUGCUGAACUUACACGGCUUCGUAAGCAGGCCCUACAAGACACGUUGGCUCUGUACAAGAUGUUCAGUGAAGCAGAUGCAUGUGAGCUUUGGAUUGAUGAAAAGGAGCAAUGGCUGAACAACAUGCUGAUCCCUGAAAAACUGGAAGAUCUAGAAGUCAUCCAGCAUAGAUUUGAAAGUUUAGAACCAGAGAUGAACAAUCAGGCAUCGCGUGUUGCUGUAGUAAACCAGAUUGCUAGGCAACUAAUUCACAGUGGUCAUCCAAGUGAGAAGGAGAUCAAGGCACAGCAAGAUAAGCUCAAUACAAGAUGGAGCCAGUUCAGAGAAUUGGUGGACAGAAAGAAAGAUGCUCUUAUCUCAGCCCUCAGUAUCCAGAACUACCACCUUGAAUGUAAUGAAACCAAAUCUUGGAUCAGGGAGAAGACUAAAGUUAUUGAGUCAACCCAAGAACUUGGCAAUGACUUGGCUGGUGUCAUGGCCCUUCAGAGAAAGCUGACAGGGAUGGAACGUGACUUGGUAGCUAUUGAGGCCAAGUUAAGCGACCUCCAGAAAGAGGCAGAGAAGUUAGAAUCGGAGCAUCCUGAUCAAGCCCGGGCCAUCCUCUCCAGGCUUGCUGAAAUCAAUGAUGUCUGGGAAGAGAUGAAAACAACCUUGAAGAACCGUGAAGAAUCUCUUGGAGAGGCAAGCAAGCUGCAGCAGUUCUUGCGUGACCUGGAUGACUUCCAGUCCUGGCUGUCCCGAACUCAGACUGCCAUAGCCUCGGAAGACAUGCCAAACACAUUGGCAGAGGCCGAGAAGCUGCUCACACAGCAUGAGAAUAUCAAGAACGAAAUCAACAACUAUGAAGAAGACUAUCAGAAAAUGAGGGAUAUGGGUGAGAUGGUGACACAAGGGCAGACGGAUGCCCAGUACAUGUUCUUACACCAGCGGCUACAGGCCUUGGACACCGGAUGGAAUGAACUUCACAAAAUGUGGGAAAAUCGGCAGAAUCUCCUUUCCCAAUCCCAUGCCUAUCAGCUAUUCCUCAGAGACACAAAGCAAGCAGAAGCAUUUCUUAACAACCAGGAAUAUGUUUUGGCACAUACUGAAAUGCCCACAACUUUGGAAGGGGCAGAAGCUGCUAUCAAAAAGCAGGAGGAUUUCAUGACCACAAUGGAUGCCAAUGAGGAGAAAAUCAAUGCUGUUGUAGAGACUGGAAGACGACUGGUUAGUGAUGGGAACAUUAACUCUGACAGGAUCCAAGAGAAAGUGGACUCCAUUGAUGACAGGCAUAAGAAGAAUCGGGAGGCAGCUAGUGAGCUUCUGAUGAGAUUAAAAGACAACAGAGAUCUUCAAAAGUUUCUUCAGGAUUGUCAAGAGCUGUCUCUGUGGAUUAAUGAGAAGAUGCUUACAGCACAGGACAUGUCUUACGAUGAAGCCAGAAACCUGCACAGCAAAUGGCUGAAACACCAAGCAUUCAUGGCCGAGCUUGGGUCCAACAAAGAAUGGCUUGACAAAAUUGAAAAUGAAGGGAUGCAACUCAUUGCUGAGAAACCUGAAACAGAGGCUGUGGUGAAAGAGAAGCUGACAGGCCUGCACCAAAUGUGGGAGGAACUUGAAAGUACCACCCAGACCAAAGCUCAGCGGCUUUUCGACGCCAACAAGGCUGAGUUGUUCACCCAAAGCUGUGCUGACUUGGAUAAAUGGCUGAAUGGCUUGGAAAGCCAGAUACAAUCAGAUGACUAUGGCAAAGACCUCACCAGCGUUAACAUUUUGUUAAAAAAACAGCAGAUGCUUGAGAACCAAAUGGAUGUUCGGAAAAAGGAGGUAGAAGAGCUCCAGAGUCAAGCACAGGCACUGAGCCAAGAGGGCAAGAAUACCGAUGAAGUUGAUGGCAAACGCUUUAUUGUGGAGAAGAAGUUCGUGGAGCUGUUGGCACCCUUGAAUGAGAGGAAGUCUCACUUGUUGGCUUCCAAGGAGAUCCACCAGUUCAACCGGGAUGUGGAGGAUGAAAUUUUAUGGGUUGGAGAGAGGAUGCCAAUCGCCACAUCUACAGAUCAUGGGCACAACCUCCAGACUGUUCAGUUGUUAAUUAAGAAGAAUCAGACACUUCAGAAAGAAAUUCAGGGACACCAGCCUCGUAUCGACGACAUUUUUGAGAGGAGCCAGAACAUCAUUACAGACAAGAGCCUUAAUGCAGAAGCAAUCCAGCAGCGGCUUGUGGACUUGCAGCAGCUGUGGAACCUCCUGAUAGAGGAAACAGAGAAACGCCACAAGCGCCUUGAGGAAUCUCACAAAGCCCAGCAGUACUAUUUUGAUGCGGCAGAGGCUGAAGCCUGGAUGAGUGAACAGGAGCUCUACAUGAUGUCAGAAGAGAAAGCCAAGGAUGAACAAAGUGCCGUUUCUAUGUUGAAGAAACACCAGAUUUUGGAACAAGCAGUAGAAGACUAUGCAGAGACGGUGCACCAGCUUUCCAAGACCAGCAGGACUUUGGUGGCAGACAAUCAUCCAGAGAGUGAGCGUAUCAGCAUGCGGCAGUCCAAGGUGGACAAGCUCUAUGCAGGCCUGAAAGACCUGGCAGAGGAGAGGAGGGGCAAGCUGGAUGAGAGGCACAGGCUAUUCCAGCUGAACCGGGAGGUGGAUGACUUGGAGCAGUGGAUCGCGGAAAGGGAAGUGGUGGCUGGGUCCCACGAGCUGGGGCAGGAUUAUGAGCAUGUGACAAUGUUGCAAGAGCGCUUCCGUGAGUUUGCCCGAGACACUGGAAACAUUGGACAGGAGCGUGUGGAUACUGUCAACCACAUGGCGGACGAGCUUAUCAAUUCUGGACAUUCGGAUGCUGCCACCAUUGCCGAAUGGAAGGAUGGUCUUAAUGAGGCAUGGGCUGACCUCCUGGAACUCAUUGACACGAGAACACAGAUCCUAGCAGCCUCUUAUGAACUGCACAAAUUUUAUCAUGAUGCCAAGGAGAUCUUUGGAAGAAUACAAGACAAACACAAGAAAUUGCCUGAGGAGCUUGGGAGAGAUCAGAACACAGUGGAGACCUUACAGAGGAUGCAUACGACCUUUGAACAUGACAUCCAGGCCUUAGGAACACAGGUGAGACAACUGCAAGAGGAUGCUGCCCGCCUUCAGUCAGCCUAUGCUGGAGACAAGGCUGAUGACAUCCAACGGCGUGAAAAUGAAGUUUUGGAAGCGUGGAAGGCCUUGCUUGAUGCCUGUGAGGGACGCAGGGUCCGGCUAGUAGACACAGGGGACAAGUUCCGCUUUUUCAGCAUGGUCCGUGAUCUCAUGCUUUGGAUGGAAGAUGUCAUUCGUCAGAUUGAAGCCCAAGAGAAGCCAAGGGAUGUUUCCUCUGUGGAACUGCUGAUGAACAAUCACCAGGGGAUCAAAGCAGAAAUAGACGCCCGUAACGACAGUUUUACGACCUGCAUUGAGCUGGGCAAAUCCUUGUUGGCGCGGAAACACUACGCAUCAGAAGAGAUCAAAGAAAAGCUAUUGCAGUUGACAGAGAAGAGAAAAGAAAUGAUUGACAAGUGGGAAGACAGAUGGGAGUGGCUGAGACUGAUUUUGGAGGUGCACCAGUUUUCAAGGGAUGCCAGUGUCGCCGAGGCCUGGCUGCUAGGGCAGGAGCCAUACCUAUCAAGUCGCGAGAUCGGGCAGAGUGUGGACGAAGUGGAAAAGCUUAUCAAGAGGCAUGAAGCCUUUGAAAAAUCUGCAGCUACUUGGGAUGAGAGAUUUGCAGCACUUGAAAGACUUACUACGUUGGAAUUGUUGGAAGUACGUAGACAGCAAGAGGAGGAAGAGCGGAAGAGGCAGCCUCCUUCUCCAGAGCCAAGCCCCAAGACUGGAGAGGAGACUCAGCAAUGGGAUGGCACAAAAGGAGAACAGGUCUCCCAGAAUGGUUUGCCACCAGACCAGGAAUCUCCCCGGAUGGGAGAAACCAGGGAAGCCAAUGAAAUGGUAAAUGGAGCCACAGAUCAGAGGACAAGCUCCAAAGAGACUAGUCCAGUUCCUUCCCCAACUGCAGAUCGCAAAGCCAAGGCAGGACUCCAGGCUCAAACUGCUGCCACACUCCCAGCCAAAACGCAAGAGAUACCUUCUGCUCAGAUGGAGGGCUUCUUGCAUCGCAAACAUGAAUGGGAGUCGCACAGCAAGAAAGCGUCAAACAGAUCCUGGCAUAAUGUGUACUGCGUUAUUAAUAACCAAGAGAUGGGCUUUUACAAAGAUGCAAAAGCCGCUUCCUCAGGCAUCCCCUACCACAGUGAGAUUCCAGUGAGUCUGAAAGAAGCCAUCUGUGAAAUUGCAGUUGAAUACAAGAAGAAAAAGCAUGUAUUCAAGCUAAGGCUAACUGAUGGCAAUGAGUACCUCUUCCAGGCCAAAGAUGAUGAGGACAUGAACACAUGGAUCCAGGCUAUCACCUCUGCAAUCUCUUCGGACAAAAUCGAUGUGUCUGCAAGCACACAGAGUACCCCAGCUACGAGCCGUGCCCAGACCCUGCCAGCCAGCGUUACAAUAACCAGCGAAUCAAGUCCCGGCAAGCGGGAGAAAGACAAAGAGAAGGACAAAGAAAAGCGAUUCAGCCUUUUUGGGAAAAAGAAGUGAACUCCCAUCUAUCCUACACGCUGCACUUCUCCGACCGUUCCAGUGGAAUUCCAGCAUGCAAGCUCAGAACCAAUACAUUACUCUCCGUGCCUAAUGUUCCUCAAUGUGAUUUAAUUUUUUUUAUUUAUAGAGCAUUAAAAAUACACAAAAAUAUUCUAAAGUUACAAAUGUCUGAGGUGCAUUGGGCAGCUUCUGUUUAAGAGAGAACCAGGUUUCUUUCUUUUUCUUUUCUUUCUCUUUUUUUAAAAUAAAGUUAAUGUAGAUUAGAUCUUACUAUUUAAACUGUUCCUCAAUUUUGUGAGGCUGUCUUGGAAAACAACCCCCUCCCCCCAUACCUUAAUGUCAUUGAUAUGCAAGGCAGCGGUGCUUACAAAGUCAACACGCCCAUCGGAGACAGACAGACGUACACUUUUUUUUUCACUUCCAUCUAAAGUGGUUGCACUGAGUCUUGAUCAAGUUGAUUGUUCCCACUGCGAAUCUAACCUUUAAUGAAAUGGGUAGCAUAUUCUCUUUUGCCGUAACAGAGUGCAGCCCAGCAUUAACUUGCAGACCAAAAUCAUUUGUAUCCAAGCAUCUGUUUAUUAUUAACACGAUUGUGACGCUUUUUUCCUGCAUCUGGCAAUGACAGUUAAGAAUGUUGGUAUGGACAACGAAGGACUUAGCAUACUGAUAACAGUUUUAAAUAAUCUGUAAUUUCAGCUCUAUCUCUUUUUUGCUGAAAUACAUUAUAUUGUAUGUUUCAGAUAAAUCUAGUACAAAGUAUAAUAAGACUAGAUGUAUAAUAAAAAAACCCUUUAAAAUCAUUGAUUAAGUGUAAAAGUGGAACUGAAGCAUUUACUGGAAAAAAGUAAUGUUACUCCAAUGGUUACUUGCUUGUCUGCUGCUACACUGUGUUAUAAUUUUGCUACAUUACCUUUGCUCUUUGAUACAUAGUGUGCAUUUCUCUGUCACUGUAACUAUUGUAAUGAACAAUUUUCAUCUUACUGCACAAUCAAAAAACAAAAUUUACAUUUAAUAGGAAUGAAUUUUCAGUGACUGGGCCUGUAGUCAGGAUAGUACUGGAACUGGCUUUCGGUUGUAUGGAACUGUACCUUUAGACUUUUACCCUAUCUGUUAAAUAUAUGCUAUGUCAUUAAAUGCUUUUAAAACUAAA